AUGGCCGUCUCGCUCCCCCUCGUCGUCUGGGACACGGGCUACGUCCUCGGCCGCCCGCACACCAUGGACGGCGGCGCCGCCCACUGGCCCCUCUGGCUGCCCUACAAGCUCUACGGCCAGGUCGACCACGUCUACGGCUGGAAGGCCUUCCACGCCCGCGACGGCUUCACCGCCGCCCAGGGCCUCCUCAACGUCGUCGAGACCCUCCUGUACGCCGCCUACCUGUGGCUGUGGUACUCGCGCGGCGAGCCCGCCGCCCACGGGCCCAGGCUCGUCACCGGCCGCCCGGCCGCCCGCGCCGUCCUGCUCGGUUUCAGCUCCGCCGUCAUGACCCUCAGCAAGACCCUCCUGUACUGGCUCCACGAGUACUUUUCCGACUUUGGCAACAUCGGCCACAACGAUCCCGUCCGUCUCAUCUUCCUCUGGAUCAUCCCCAACGGCGCUUGGCUCGUCGGAUCCGCCUACAUGAUCUGGUCCAUUGGCGCCGAGAUCCUCGACGGGCUGGAAGCUGCUUCGCCCGCGACGAAGGACUAA